ACUCCCCGCCUCGAGCCCCGCGGCGGAGCGGAGCGGCGCAGCUCGGUGCGGCUCGGUGCGGCUCGGCGCGGCUCGGCGCGGCUCGGCGCGGCUCCCUGCGGCUCGGGACGCAGCAUGGAGGCGGCGAGGCCGUGGCGGGCGCUGCUGUUUCUGGGGCUGGGGCUCUCGCUGCUGCUGGCUGUGGCCGGUGACUUCUGCGAGGUGAACCACUGUCAGAAUGGGGGCACCUGCCUGACCGGGAUUAAUGAGACCCCCUUCUUCUGCAUCUGUCCUGAGGGCUAUGUUGGGAUUGACUGCAAUGAGACAGAGAAAGGCCCCUGCCACCCCAAUCCUUGCCAUAACAAUGGUGAGUGCCAGCUGGUCCCAAACCGGGGGGACGUCUUCACCGACUACAUCUGCAAGUGCCCCGCGGGGUAUGAUGGGGUGCACUGCCAGAACAACAAGAACGAGUGCUACUCCCAGCCUUGCAAAAACGGAGGCACCUGCCUAGACCUGGACGGUGACUAUACCUGCAAGUGUCCUUCUCCAUUCUUGGGGAAGACCUGCCACGUCCGCUGUGCUGUUCUCCUGGGCAUGGAAGGAGGAGCCAUCUCUGAUGCCCAGCUCUCUGCAUCCUCUGUCCACUACGGCUUCCUCGGCCUCCAGCGCUGGGGGCCAGAGCUUGCCCGCCUCAACAACCAUGGCAUCGUCAAUGCCUGGACCUCCAGCAACUACGACAAGAGCCCCUGGAUUCAGGCCAACCUGCUGCGGAAGAUGCGGCUGAGUGGGAUCAUCACGCAAGGCGCUCGCCGCGUGGGACAGCAGGAGUACGUCCGUGCCUACAAGGUCGCCUACAGCCUGGAUGGGCGGGAGUUCACCUUCUGCAAGGACGAGAAGCAGGACACAGACAAGGUUUUCCAGGGGAAUGUGGACUACGGCACCAUGCAGACCAACAUGUUUAACCCUCCCAUCACCGCCCAGUUCAUCCGCAUCUACCCAGUGAUGUGCCGCCGUGCUUGCACGCUGCGCUUUGAACUCAUCGGCUGUGAGAUGAACGUGUAUUUCAACACGGCAGGUUGCUCGGAGCCUCUGGGCAUGAAAUCCCGCCUGAUCUCCGACCAGCAGAUCACAGCCUCCAGUGUCUUCAAGACCUGGGGCAUCGACGCCUUUACCUGGCACCCCCAUUAUGCUCGCCUGGACAAGACAGGCAAAACCAACGCCUGGACAGCACUCCACAACGGCCAGUCCGAGUGGCUGCAGAUCGACCUCCGGACCCAGAAGAAGGUGACGGGCAUCAUCACGCAAGGAGCCCGCGACUUCGGUCACAUCCAAUACGUGGCAGCCUACAAGGUGGCCUACAGUGACAACGGCACAUCCUGGACCCUCUACCGGGAUGACCAGACAAACAGCACCAAGAUCUUCCAUGGUAACAGCGACAACUACUCACACAAGAAGAACGUGUUCGACGUGCCCUUCUACGCCCGCUUUGUCCGCAUCCUGCCUGUGGCCUGGCACAACCGCAUCACCCUGCGCGUGGAGCUGCUGGGCUGCGAUGAGUAGGCGCCCGGGGAGGAAGGACGGGGCUGCUCUUCCCUGCCACCCGGCCCGCGCCCUGCCCGCCCCUGCCUGCUCCUGCUCUGACCUCACACACCCCUCUCCAUGUCCCCAAACUCGGGAGGCGGCCGGGAGGGCUCCCCUGCCCCGUGUUGGCGCUGGGGCUGCAGCACUGCACUUUAUGGGGCCCUUGCAGGUGGGUCGUGGGGAGGGCUCCUGUUCUUUCACCCCAGUAGCCAGGGGUGACACCCUCUCCUGCAACCAGGGCUUGGCUGGAGGAUCCCCUCCUGCAACUGAGGCUUCCUUGGGGGACCCUGUCCUACGAAUGAGGCUUGGCUGCAUCCUCCUAGCUAAGCCUAGGGACCAGUUUUCUCCCCCUUUUUGCUUCUGCUUCCAGCAGAGAGGCUGCAGCCAGUGGCAGUUCCCUGCCUGCACUUCAUUGGAGCUUGGUGGUUUUGGGGGGCUUAGGGCAGGUGCCCCAGGCUCACAGCAUCCGCCAUCCCUCCUGCUCCCUGCAUGGCUGCAGGCAGGGGCUCUGACAAACCUGCUCGGCUGUUGUCCCCUGCCUGUUUUCCCUUGCCCCGGGUCUCCUUGCCUGCGGUGUCAGCGCCGCAUAGUGUGAGGGGAGUGAUGAGAUGGCUCCUAUCAAAGACACCAGGUCCCCAUCGUGGGCAGCUCUACCCGCUGGACGCUCCUGGCAGGCACCACCGCUGGCUUUUUGGCAGAUGUUGCCCAUUCGCCUUCUGGGGGUGCUGGCACCAUGUCCUCCAAGUCUCAGCAUUGCCGCCAUCACCACCUUACUGCACUUUGGGGUGCCUGGAGGUCCCUCAUCCCUGGAGACAAGCAGUGACUGGAGAGGCUGCCACCUGGUAGUGGGGAGAGAUGGUUCGUUGCCAUGAGGGUGUGGAGAAAAGCUGGGAAAAGUGGUGGUUAAAUCACCCAAAUGCAGUAGGUGGAGAGCCAGGCCACUGACCCUUUUUGUAACCUGAUUUUUUUCCUUUCUGUGGGGUGGAGGGGAGCCUCUUGCAAUGCUCAAGCCCUCAGGAUUAGCAGUAGGAGAUGAAUGAGACACAGCACUGGCAAGCAGGAGUGCGGGCAGGGUGUCUGGGCAGCGGUGCUGGUGGCGAUGCUACCCCGCAUGCUGGGAUGCACAGCGGCCGUGGGGCCAGGCUGGCGGCAGGUUCGCUUUGGCAAGUGCCGAGGGAGCCUGGGUGGGACGGUGGGGGCAGCGGUGGCCCCACUCUGGGGUGUCUCUGACAGUAUUAAAACCAGCUGAAACUUU